UGACGCGGACGAAUCCUUACUUCCGGUUUCCUUCCCGUGCAGCCUGAGCUCCUCCACCAUGAAUCCGCUGACGAAGGUGAAGUUGAUCAACGAGCUGAACGAGCGCGAGGCUCACCUCGGGGUCAAGGACUCGGUCUCCUGGCACACCGAGUACCGAGACAGCGCCUGGGUGUUCGUGGGAGGGUUUCCAUACGAGCUGUCGGAGGGAGACAUCAUCUGCGUCUUCUCUCAGUACGGAGAGAUCGUCAACAUCAACCUGGUGCGGGACAAGAAGACGGGGAAGUCCAAAGGGUUCUGCUUCAUCUGCUUCGAGGACCAGCGCAGCACCAUCCUGGUGGUGGACAACUUGAACGGCAUCAAGAUUAAAGGUCGGACAAUUCGAGUGGAUCACGUUAAAGACUACCGGCCUCCCAAAGACUCGGAGGACAUGGACGACAUCACCAAACAGCUGAGGGAGCAGGGCUGCGCCCCCAAAGCCCAGCGGCCCUCCUCUGGCUCCUCCUCUUCCUCUGAGGAAGACGAGCAGUACAGCAUCCCCGUGAAGAAGCCCAAAAAAGACAAGAAAGAAAAGAAGAGAAAGAAGGAGAAGAAAAAGAAGAAGGAGAGAGCGGGUCGCUCCUCUUCCUCACCUCCUCCCGUCAGAGUCAAAGAGGAGAAGGAGGAUGCCGACUACGACAAGUACGACCAGAGAGGACAGAGGGAGGACGAGGAGAGGAGGAGGAGGAAGGAGACAGACAGGGAAGGAGACGGGAGGAAGGAGACAGACAGGGGGAAGGAAGGAGACGGAAGGAAGGAGACAGACAGGGAGAAGGAAGGAGAUAGGAGGAAGGAGACAGACAGGGAGAAGGAAGGAGACGGGAGGAAGGAGACAGACAGGGAGAGGGAAGGAGAUAGGAGGAAGGAGACAGACAGGGAGAAGGAAGGAGACGGGAGGAAGGAGACAGACAGGGAGGAGACAGACAGGGAGAGGGAAGGAGACAGAAGGAAGGAGACAGACAGGGAAGGAGACAGGAGGAAGGAGACAGACAGGGAAGGAGACGGGAGGAAGGAGACAGACAGGGACAGGGAAGGAGACAGAAGGAAGGAGACAGACAGGGAGAGGGAAGGAGACAGGAGGAAGGAGGGAGGAUGGAGAGAAAAAGAGAGUUUGACCGAGACGACGAUAGAAGAAGAGAGACUGAGAGAAGGAGACGAGAUGAGGAACCUAGACAGAGAUGACGACAGAAGGAGAGAGAGAGAAGAGAAGGAGACGAGAUGAGGAACCUAGACAGAGAUGACGACAGAAGGAGAGAGAGAGAAGAGAAGGAGACGAGAUGAGGAACCUAGACAGAGAUGACGACAGAAGGAGACGUUACGUCUCAUUCAGUAAAAACAGAACAAGAUGGCCGCCCACGGAAACGUCUGGCUUGUUGAUGAAAUGCAUCCUGGAUGUCGUAGUUUAUUUUGUUUUGUUUCUUGUGAACAAUAAAAAGAAAAAAGUGAACUCUG